GCUGACCUGACCUCGCGGUGUGUAUACCGACUGGCAGUUCCGGAAUAUUCCAUACACAUUCACUUCCUGAACCAGACCACCCACCUCGUGUGCCACGGGUAGCAGUCACGUUUCGCGUGAAUGAUAUUGUUGAUUAAUCCAAUCUUUCUGGAUUUCAGCAGCGCCCAAAGCUGCGAAUCAGUAUGUGGCGUGGUCGUGAAAGGCUGAUCUACAACACCCCCCAACACUAGCACCAUACAACUACAUAAAGACAGCUGGAGAUCACGGCAGAGCUGUCAGGAUAACGACUACAGUCAGAACCACAUCAGCUCUCAUCUACCCUUCUCUUCAAGAGAAACCUCAGAACUAGUGUCAACUUCUCUCUCAAAACACACGAAUGUCCAACCGCGUCUCCAACGUUCUCAUCACAUGGGUCCUGGCCGCCGUUGCAGCGGCCGACGAGCCCAUCCCGGAUACCGGAUCAGUCGGAGCAGGCGCUAUCGCAGGCAUCGUCAUCGGCGGGGUCUUUGUCGUGGCACUGCUUGCCGCGGCUGUUGGUUUAGCGCGCAAUCGAACGUGGUAGCUUGAUGCCGAAAUGAAGACUUAGACUUAGACUUACAUGAAAGACUUCAAGCCGCCGAA